UCUCUCUUCUUUUCGACGAAAAACUGCGAACUGUCAUUUUUGUUGUUGCAAUUCUCAUUACAUGUGCGAUCGUCAAAAUUUUGCAAAUCUUUGCAAGCGUUGCUUUCGCAUCGUAAAAAUAUAAAUUAUUUGAUUUAUCAGUGCGGAUUAUAAUUACCAAAAUGGAAGCGACAUUUUCGAUUGUGUGUUUUUUCCAACAAAAGGAAUUUGUUGGACAAAAGUCUCUACGAAGCGAUAUCGAGGCUGUUGUGUCUGGCGAAUGUGUCAGCGAUAUAAUAACUGAAAUUUGGGAAAAAGCAGCUCCACUUAUCAAAAGAGAAGUAAUUGUCAAAGGUGACGAAAUCGAAUGGAGCGAAGAUGGUGUGCCCACUCAAGCUGAUUUUGCCAACUUCAUUAUUUUACAAGAUCGGGGUGGACGGAAGGCUUAUUUGUUCGACCAAAUCAACACUACAAUAUUGGCACGAUUGCGCAACAAACAUGUGAACGUCAUGGUUCAUGUUUAUGGCCGACAAAUAUGCAAUAAAAGCGUUCACGGAAGGUUCGUUUCGAAAUUGUUGCAACCGGAGCAACGAGACCGUGCAAAUGCAAAUAGCACACAGUCGCUUAUGGCGAUGGUUGAGCUUCUAAAACAAACACACAAAGGUGUAUAUGCCGCUAACGUAUCGAUUUGGCAAAUGUGGGCGAACGCUAUUCAAUCAGCAGCUCCUCAUUUGCAGGAUGAAAUGAUCACACGUCCGCCACCACCCCACCUGAUACACAUGUUCAUCAGAGCAUCGACCAGCGAGGCAGAUAUUCGUGAAAGUAUGCAGCGGGGUCUGCAAGUCGCAGACGAUUUGAAUGAUGUGUAUGCUGGACAUCUUGCAAAAAUUCGUGAAGAUUUUGAUAAAAUUCGGAACGAAGUUACUCGUGCGUUCGAGUUUGUGGAUGCUCGCAUAACGUCGUUCGAAGACGUUGUGAACUCCAAUCGUCGUAUCGUCAGUGCAAUGAGCUCAGCAGUUACACCCCAACCGAAUGCAAUAAGUAUGGAGGAGGAACGCCAGAUCACGGAUCUGGAAGACAUGGACCAUAACUAGUUCAAACAGUGAAAGAGUAGUGAUGAUGACAGAACAGAUGCUGUGAUAAUGUUCUAACCGUAAGAAUCUAAUACUUAAAAAGUUAUCGACCGAAUAUGAAUAUGGUCGACAUAAAACCACAGGUGCACCAGUAGUGUUUUUCAUUUUAUUUUAUUUUUUCACGAUUGCAUUAAUUUUACAAAACAAAAUUUGUCACUACGGCAUCAAACGUACCUACAAUUUGAUCAGGUGUGAUGCCAUCAAUAAUAUUUCUAUUUUUUCAUCAAAUUUUUUAUGCAAAAUUGGCCACGGCUACAACAAAAUGUAA